AUGUAUCGAAAUAAUAGUAAUGGAAAUCAAGUAUUACGACGUUUUGUUCAACAAGCUGAAUCCUAUAAUCGUUGUAUGUUUCCAAAUAAUGAAUCAAUAUCAAUAAAUAAACAAUCGAAAACUAUUGAUAAUCAUAUUACAGAGCAAAUUCUUUUUUGUCAAAAUGGAAUUGAUAAUGUAAACAUUUCAUCCGAAAAUUCGAAGUCAGCAUUUACAAAACCAUUCAAUAAAAACUCUUAUUCGUUAACAAAUGAAACUUUAAUGGUUGAUAUUACUUCGAAUGGAUAUAAAUAUGAAACAUCAUCAUUAAAAUUAAAUGUUAUUCAACAAUGUUGUAUUAUUUCAAUAAUUUCACCAUUUGCAUUUACAAUUCAAUUAACAAAAGAUUUAAUUGAAUCUGAUUCGUUUUUUAAAACUAUGAAUGAUUAUUACAAUUCCAUCGAGGAUCUCUAUGUAUCAACUGAAUAUUUACGCAAAAAUCUUCUUUGUGUUACGUGGGAUGAAACAGUAUCGACGUGGAAUCGUUCUCAAAUAAUGGAAUAUGAUUUAAUAGAUGAUACUGUAAAUGUCUUUUAUGUUGACUUAAACUCUUGGGAAGAACAUGUUCCACGUUCACGUGUACGUUUUAUAUUAACAAAAUAUUCUUCACGACCAGUUUAUUUGUUAACAUGUCGUCUAGCAUCAAUAGCUCCAUUGAACAAUAAUAACCAAUGGAAUGAUGUUGCAUCAAAAACUUUUCAGAAUGUUGUUCAUAAUUGUCAAUGUGAUGUUGAACCGUUGUAUAAAGGACGUGAUAAUACAUUUUAUGUUAAUUUAUUUGCAUCACAUGAUGAAGCUUAUGUUUGCAUUAAUGAUUUUUUAAUACAUUGCAACAUGGCCAAACCGUUUGAUGACAUUACAAACGAAAAAACCCAAAUUUAUAUGUUGGAUGAUAAUGGUCAACCAAUGCAUUCAAUGAUUGCACUUUAUUGGAAAGCUGGCGAAACUAUGCGUGAAGCAGAAAGUUGUGUUAAAAAACAAGACGGUGAUUAUCGAUCAUCAGAAUCUAUUGAAUUAUUUUCAACAAAAUAUACAUCUAUAAUUAAAGUCGUGAUGAUUAAUGAGUAUGAUAAAUUCAUUUUUGCACGAUAUAACUCUUAUAUAAUGUUACCAUCGUUUACUAUUUCGAAUAUACUUCAUGGAAUUAAUGAAGAACAAAUUAAAAAUCUUGCAAAUAAAUUUGGUUUUAAACCAAUAGUUAUUGAUUCUUUAUCACAUCCAUUACUAUGUUCACAAUUAACUAAUUUAAUAUCUUCGACUUUAACAGGAACGAGAAUUAGUUUAUAUUCUAUUGAUUGUGUUAGAAAAAUUUUUCAAUUGUCUCACUAUACACAAGCCAAUGUUUACAAUUUAUUAGACCGAGCACGACUAGCCGAAGCCAGCGAUGAUGUUACUUUUUGGGAUAAACCUUACGAGAGUGCGGCAAUGCAAUUAAUAAAUGAAUCUAACAUGUACAAUAAGACGUAA